UUUCGGAGGACAUGCGCUGUAUCACGGCUGCGAAUAAAAACGCGCAUCGUGCGUUUCCGUGGUGCCAGUAGUGUAUAGGUGUUCUGUGGUGGUGCCUUGUGCUGCUGGCAGUGCCGUGAAGGGGUAGGUGUGCUGUGGUGGAACGUCGUAUGGCUAAGGUUGGCAGUUUUGAAUAUGGGCGGGACAUUUCAGUGCUUAAAGGCGCACUUAGUUUUGCCGAGCGCAUUCUCCAACAGAAGGAUGCAAGCCAGUCUUUGUUUUCAUCGGACCAAAGUCAUUCUAGAGCUGCGGCCCUGUCUGUGUCAAACAAAAUACAAAAUGCCUACAGUGCGGGUACUGAACGGGCCAUUACUAGUUCAAGGCUGCAUACCACAGUUUUUGUAAAGGUGCUUCUGUCUAAUGAUGUCGUAGGAGCAGCCGAAUUGGAGUACUUUGAAUCUGUGCUUGAUGACUUACCACAUAUUGGGUGGCCCUUCUUUGCGGAACUUGUGUCAGCAUGUGGCUGGAGAGAGCACUUUAUUAAGACCCUGAAAGCAUUGUCUCCAAACAUUAGGCUUAGAGUGCUUGAAGCAGUCCACAACAUUUCUAAAACUGUACCUUACGUAUGGAGCAGCACAGUGUCUACAAUGCUAUGGUCAUCUUGUAUUUCUCCUAUAAAAGGAAUGGACACUAGCAAAGAUGAAGUACUGUCUGCUUUUUCCAGUCUGCAGACACAAUCUUCAUCAAAUGAAGCUUCACCAACAGAAGAAUGCCUUCUUGAAGACAGUAUUCAGUUUAUUGUAAAUAUGCGUGAGCAUUUCAGCUCAUCUAAUAUGAAAAUGGUGGACUGGGCUCUGUCACUUGUCAAUGUCACCCUUGAUUUUUUACUAACCAUCUUUGAGCCUACGGAAUUCAGCCUUUUGAAUCCCAACCUUUGGCUUGCAAACUAUGAUGACAUCGGAAAAAAUGCAGAAAAGGAUUUCUAUUUGAAUUCACCAUGCUUGUUUCAUAUAUUGGAUGGUCUUGCAUGGCCAGAUGUUUGCCAGCUACUAAGUCGUGCUGAUUGCUUGCGUUUUGGUGAAAUUCACAAAGCCCUUGCGUGCUUUGGAGAGAGAUUAGCUCAAGAACAAAACACUAAACAUUCUCUGUGCCUGACCCAUGAUUUUUGUGCUGCUAGCUGCAUUGCUGGAAAAGAAGACAAAUCCUCACAUGAGGACCUGUGGCACUUGAUAAAAAAAAUGCAGUGCUUUCUAAGCUCUCUUGAAACUGUGAAGAAAGAUUAUGAAGCACAAAUCCCCUUUCUAGCUGGCUUGAAGCAUUUUGUCAUUAAGUGGGACCAUGAAGGAGUGGAUUCAACUGUUUGUGAUAAAGACUCGCAAGUUAGUGCCAUUGAAAGCAUUCUGAAGCAAGGAGCUAUGCCACUUACCUCUGCAUUCACAAUCUGGAUUGUAUGCCACGAAUCACUUCUGAAGAAAGAAUGGAUCUGUGAUAUACUGAAUGACCAUGUGAACCUGUUGAGUCACCCAGAGCUUUUUCAUCGCCUGUUUCAAGCCGCUUUGUGCAGUGAUGCCGACACAUUCAUAAAAAAGCUUGUACUCAAGGUAUGCAUUGCAGCACCACUGAAGUUACAAGAAGCCAUAUUGUUUUACGCAUUUAGCUCUGAGAACUUCAGUGCUGACUCUUCAUCUUUGAAGCUGACAAACUUUGAAAACCUUCUGACUGAGAAGUUGAACCUCGUUUUGGAUGCUGACCAUACAACGGAGCCUGAGGGCGGAGAACAGAUGCUCAGUGGGUUUGCCAGCCUAUGCUUGCAGUCUCCCUCGGAAGUCCUUGAAGCACUUGUCGGCAUGGCUGUUACUGAUGGGUGCAGCACUGCUGUUUCACAGCUGCUCAUGCACCUUAUAAUUGUUUGCCAGUAUAAAAAAAAGUUGUACAAUACUGGGCAAGACCUCCUUGGAAGCAUCAUUCUAAAUGAAUUUCAAAGGCUUCAGAGUGGAACAUCAAAGCAUCAAGACAAUUUUACAUGCUUGGUCAACGAGCUUGUUAAGCACAGUGAUGUCUUGAAUUGUGACUGGUUGCUGGCUCAAAUUGUCGACUAUGUUGACAUGUUUGGUGCUGGUGAUCGGUGCACUGACACUUUAUUUCCGCUUGAAGUCAGCAUGGCCAUUGCACCAAAAAUUUCUGAGCCCUACAUUGUUCCUAUGGCCCGUAUAUUAGUUAAAAUGUUGGAUGAGGCUUGUAAAGAACUUAAUGGAGCAAGAAAACAGAAAGUUGUUCAUUUCUUGCAUGCCUACCUGAGUUUAGAUGCAUGUACCACCCAAACAAAUUUGCCAAGUAGUAUAAAUCUAACUCAUGCAGAAAUACAAUGUCUUCUCAAGAAAAAGUGCAUAUUUCGUGAAGCAUAUGGUGUGCCCGUUCACUGUAGCGAAUUGGUCCUGCUGGAUGCUGAAAAAUGGAGUUCUGAGUGCCGGAAAGUUGCAUCUCAGUUUCCUGAGUGUUCCCUUGCUGAGCUUUUAAUGCCACACUUCUGCCUUUGGUUUGCAGGGGCUACUUCGGAGGAAUGGGAGAUUUUGUCGGCUCAGUUCAAGAGGGUGCUGAGUAUCGAUGCAGGCCAUAGCGUGUCCCCUGCUAUCUUUAUUCAGGAACUUGUCAUGUGCCUUAUUGGUUGCAAGAGCUAUGUUGCUGUAAGCAACUGGAGGUACCUGUUCACGUGUUUUGCUUAUACUGUCAUGGAGUGCCUGAAGAAUACGAAGAAGCUUACGGAGGAAGAGCUGCGUGAAAUUGUUCUGGCUCUUGUAUUUGCUCUGUCAAGUCUGCCGAGCCAGUGCCUGAAGCAAGAGUUAUUGCUACUUGUUGACGUGGCUCAGUGUAAAAAGACUUCAGUUUUUGGAAAGGAACUGGUGAAAAUAUUUCGGGAGGCACUUGCAACACAGUGUAUUCAAAGUGAGUUGGUGUCGAGAGUGGUGAAAGCAUCAGUGCACAAGCUGCUUGCCCACCAAGGGGUGACUAGUAAUAGUGAUGCUUUAGUGUAAUUUUCAGUGUGUUUACAUUUGUAUAUAGGUUAAGCGUUGUCAUAAAUAAAAAUCCAGAA